AUGCGUACCUCGCAGAUCCUCGCCCUUGUGGCUGCCCUUCCCUCCACCCUUGCUGCCUAUAAAGGCUUCAAUUAUGGUUCCACUGGCAACGACCAGUCCAGCUUCGAAGGCCAAUUCAAUUCGGCCAAGGCUCUAGGCUUCACCUCUGCUCGUCUGUACACCAUGAUCCAAGACGGAACCACCAACACUCCCAUCUCUGCCAUCCCCGCAGCCAUCGACACCGGCACAUCACUCCUGCUCGGCUUGUGGGCUUCGGCUGGCGAUGCUGAUUUCGCCAACGAGCUCGCUGCGCUCAAUGCCGCCAUCACUCAGUAUGGCACCGCCUUUACUGACUUGAUUGCCGGCAUCAGUGUGGGCAGCGAAGAUAUCUAUCGCAUCACCCCCAUCGGCAUCGAGAACAACUCCGGCGCGGGAGUGGGUCCAGCCACAAUUAUCAACUAUAUCAACCAAGUUCGAUCCGCCAUCGCCGGCACCUCGGCGGCAGGCAAGCCUGUCGGCCACGUCGACACGUAUAACGUCUGGACCAAUUCUAGCCAGAAUGAUCUGAUUGGAGCCUGCGACUUUCUUGGUGUCGACGCAUAUCCAUGGUACGAGACCACCAAAGCCAACAGCAUCGACAACGCCAACGCUACCUUCUGGGGUGACUAUGACGACACCACUGCUGCCGCCCAGGGCAAGCCUGUCUGGAUCACCGAGACCGGGUGGCCCGUGUCAGGUGCGAACAGCAAUGAAGCUGUUGCUUCGGUCCAGAAUGCGCAGACUUACUAUGACGAGGUCGGGUGCACUGCCUUUGGUGAAGGCAUCAACACUUGGUGGUACAUCCUCCAGGACACUGGAGCCAGUCCAAGUUUCGGUGUCGUGGGCGCCGGUUCGCCUCCUCCGACCACGCCGCUGUACUCGUUGAGCUGCUAA